AUGGCCGGACUCGCGAGACACGUAGACACGGAUGAGCUCCUUGAGACACUAAAGGACCACCCAAUUCACAAGGCCGGAGGCCACAAGUCCGCAAACCGAGCAACCUCACAUAUCACACCUUACUCGAGUCGCUAUGCCGCUGGCACAGAGUUGUCAAAAUUCAAAAUCCCGCACGAUGGCGCUCCUGCCGAUGUUGUUCACCAGCUACUCAAGGACGAGCUUGAUCUUGACGGACGACCCCAGUUGAACUUGGCUUCAUUCGUUGGAACAUACAUGGAGAAGGAGGCCGAGCAGCUCAUGAUUGAGAAUUUGUCGAAGAACAUGUCGGAUGCUGACGAGUACCCAGCAAUGAUGGACAUGCACGCACGAUGUGUAUCCAUCAUUGCUAACAUGUGGGGCGCACAGAAGGGCGAGAAGGCCAUCGGAUCGGCAACUACUGGUUCUAGCGAAGCUAUUCACCUUGGUGGACUCGCCAUGAAGCGUCGCUGGCAAGAGAAGAGAAGGGCCGAGGGCAAAGACACUUCAAAUCCAAACAUCAUCAUGGGCGCAAACGCACAAGUUGCUCUGGAGAAGUUUGCUAGGUACUUCGAAGUUGAGUCUCGCAUUCUUCCCGUAAGCGAAGACUCAUCCUACCGUCUGGAUCCAAAGUUGGUGAAGGAGAACAUCGACGAGAAUACAAUCGGUGUGUUUGUCAUCCUUGGUUCCACAUACACUGGACAUUACGAACCUGUGGAGGAAAUCUCCGAUAUCCUCGACGCCUUCGAGAAGGAGACUGGCAACGAUAUUCCCAUCCACGUAGAUGGUGCAUCUGGUGGCUUCAUCGCCCCCUUUACCCACGCGAAAGCUGGCAAGAAGUGGAACUUUGAGCUACCGCGAGUCAAAUCCAUCAACGUCAGUGGUCACAAGUUUGGUCUCGUGUAUGCUGGUGUCGGAUGGAUCAUCUGGCGAGACGAAAGCUACCUGCCCAAGCAUCUGAUCUUUGAGCUUCACUACUUGGGUGGAACAGAAGAGUCGUACACUCUGAACUUCUCACGUCCUGGAGCUCAGAUCAUCGCACAAUACUACAACUUGAUUCAUCUAGGGUUCUCGGGAUACCGUGCCAUUAUGGAAAACAUGUUGGCUAAUGCACGUCUACUGAGCAGGGCGCUCGAGCAUACGGGCUGGUACCGUUGCGUCAGCGACAUCCACCGCAAGAAGGGCGAUUUCAAGUUCGAGCAGGGCAAGAAGCAGUACGACGAAGGCGAAACAAGCGCAGACUACAAUGCUGGUCUACCCGUCGUUGCAUUCACUCUCACAGAUGAGUUCCACAAGGAAUUCCCCCAUGUCAAGCAAGAAGCGGUCAGCAAUCUGCUUCGAGCUAAGCAAUACAUUAUCCCCAACUACCCGCUGCCACCAGGCGAGGAGAAGACCGAAAUCCUUAGAGUAGUCGUCAGGGAGAGUCUGUCGCUUGACAUGAUCGACAGGCUAGUCACUGACAUAUGUGGCGUCACGGAGAUGCUGAUGAAGACGGAUGCGGUUGAUCUUUCGGCGUUCCAACCUGGUGCCAGCCCUAGCAUCGAGAAGCAGCAUGCCAAUAAGGGACUGCGGAAAGAGCACAAGCACAAGGCGCAGAGACCGACAAAUGAUGGCGUAUACCGCACCGUUUGUUAG